UUUCGUAUCCUAAUUCCUAAUCCAACCUCUUCACUUUCAUCUUCCUUUCUCAUGUCGCAGAACGGGAAACUGAUGCCGAAUCUGGACCAGCAGAGCACCAAGCUCCUCAAUCUAAUAGUCCUACAACGAAUUGACCCUUUCGUUGAAGAAAUCCUCAUCACUGCUGCUCACGUCACUUUCUACGAGCUCAACGUCGAGCUUAGCCAGUGGAGUCGGAAGGAUGUCGAAGGGUCUCUGUUCGUUGUCAAGAGAAAUGCGCAGCCGCGGUUUCAGUUUAUUGUGAUGAAUUGGCGCAAUACAGGGUUUGCAAAGCCAUGGCAAUUUGAUACUUUGUUGGGUAGCUCUGUGGUUUUUCGAAGUAAGUUGACAAUGGGUUAUGGGAGGCUCAUUUUUGUGAUUUUUAAGCAGAUAACUUGGUGGAGAAUCUCUUUGGGGGAUUUUGAGUUUGAGAUUCAGGUUCCAUUUCUCUUGUAUCAAAAUGCUUCCCAGGAAGUUAAUGGAAUUUGGUUCUACAAUUCCCAAGAAUGCGAAGAGGUUGCUAGUCUGUUUAGAAGGAUACUAAGUGCAUAUGCCAAGGUUCCUCCAAGGUCAAUGGCUCCUUCAUCUAAGAGUGAGUAUGAAGAACUGGAAGCAGUACCGACUAUGGCAGUUAUGGAUGGUCCCUUGGAGCCGUCAUCUACUGCAGUCUCAGGCGUUGCUGAUGUACCUGAUGAUCCUGUGUUCAUCAACUUCUUUAGUGUGAGGAAUUAUUCUCUACAUCUCUUAUACUACUCGUGAAAUUCUCUAACAUUGUUAUGUCCUGCUACUUGCAAAAAUAUGCGAGUUUGGUAAUGUCCUUGCUAUCUGUCUCUAAAUCAACAGUCUUUACUAGGACUAAAUUAUUUUGCAUUUUAAUAGUCUA